GCAGGCGCUAUGCAGAGGAGGCCACUUGAAGAGGUGGAGGCUGUUCAGUCUGUAUGGAUAUAUAGGUUUCGUCUCGGUGGAGUUGAGGCGAGGCUAUGUUCUGUGUACAACUGGUGGCCGUCCAGACUGGGUUCAGAUUGGCUGAGUGGGCUGGUUUUUAGUGUUGGAGUGGCUUAUGUGAGUGUGCUCCGUAGACUGGCCAGUCGGAUAAUCGACGAUCCAGACUCACUUCACAGCUCUCACUCCGAACUUGCCUCUGCAAUCGAGAAAACCAUCCGGAGUUCAACUUCAACUUCAACCGUCCCCUGUCUCAUCACAACCCGCCCCUUCUUCUUCUUCUUCCUCUUCUCCUCAUCCCUCACUCCCACAUCUUCUCCUUCUUCUUCCAACUUGAGACAACCAGUCUACACAACACAACGACAACAUCAAGCACAACCCUCUCAAUUCGACUCGAUGGCUUCAUUGGCUCCAGUUCGACCACCCUCUGCUACUUCCAACCGAUCACCCACCCCUUCAUCUCAACAGCACAACAACGUCUUCCGUCAUCAGCACUCUCUCUCCUCAUCCACCCCUUCCAACCAACACUUCGGAGCCCUCUCCCCCCGCUAUGGCCCCCCUCGAAGUGCUGGCGGGAUGAGGCAGAGCUUGGACAACACCAAACAGUCCAUCGGCAACCCCCCUGUCAGCCCCCGUCUGCCUCCUGGAUCCGCUGGUCACAACAUCCGUCCGAAUAGUGAGAUGCUCGGAUUGAGUGGUCAACAGCAACUCCACGGUGGACCCUCCCUAGAAGCCGAAGCCAUCGAUAAGUGGUUCGAGGAUCUACAAAGCUACGAAGCAACGCUCGAAGAAAUGGCCACAGCUAGUUUGGAUGCUAGCUUCAAGGAAGAGUUGAGUGCGAUCGAGCAAUGGUUCCGAGUUCUAAGUGAGGCCGAAAGAACUGCUGCCCUAUACUCUUUGUUACAAUCCUCCACCCAAGUUCAAAUACGAUUCUUCAUCACGGUCUUACAACAAAUGGCCCGCAGUGACCCGAUGACUGCCCUGUUAAGCCCCGCUCCUACGGGUAAUGGAGUCUCCAUGAAGCAACAAAUGGAAGCCAAACUGGCCCAACUAAGCAAGAUGUCACCUGCGUCGCCAAUUGUCCGACAAUUUGCUCGUCAAUCACUUGGCCCCAACACUUCAUCCAACGAGCCAUACCUUAGUCCCAACUCUGCACUCCUCAGUGAUUCCAAUAAUUUUAACACCAGCCCAAACGAUGCAGCAGCUUUACUCGCUAGUCAACGUGCAAAACUGCAGUCCAAAGCAGCUAAUCGUGUUUCUGCCCCUGGUCAGCUCCUAGGAGAUAGUAGCCUGAAGAGCCCCAAGUGGAGCAAUUUUUCAGGUCCAGUGGAAGAAGAGGCGCAGAGUCGCUCGGUAAGCCCUAGACCCAAGAGCACUAGCAGCGAACUCAACUCUACCUCCUCCAACCAACACAAUCCUCCUGCACCUACGCUUUCUCGUACUUUGCCUUCUCCCUGUUCGGGGCAAGAGAGUCAGAUGAGCCCGGCCGUCGGGGGUAGCUGGGCCAGUCAAGUCAACACCCCUCUAGUCCCCAUGUUUGCUAACAAGGACUCAGCUCACAACCAUCAUGAAACUCAUCAGGCUCAUGGCGAGGCUGUGGCGAACCGUCUGGCCCAAUGGGGUGCCACUCACCAAGCCGGCUCGAAUAGUGCCUCCUUACCCGCUUCUGCAUUGGCUCCCUCGAAGGCACGUGGCUCAGUGGACGCCCCACCAACUGGCAUUCAAUUAGAUGACGCACGCAAAUUCCGAAGAGCUAGUAAGAGUAACGCCACCAAUGCCUCGUCUGGUUUUUCAGGUGUAUUAUCCGGUAUGAAUAGCUCGACCAACAGUACCUCUAGUUCUGCUCAAGCUCCGAACCGAUCUGGAAAUAAUAAUCCGGCGAAUGGCCAAUCAGGAAUGUUGAGCCGCACGAUGCCUGCUACCAAUAAUACAUCCAAUGCACACCUCACAUCGGCUAUGAGCUCGAGUAGUGGACCUUCUCUACCCGGUCUGAUGUCUGCGCAAUCAUUAUUGGGGGCCCCACAGACUGCCAUGGCGGCUGCUCAACAAAAUUGGAGAAACGGAUUAAAUAGUCCCAACACGCAAUCUCUGAACAGUCCCGAUCCAACAAUGGUCAACAAUCUGGCGAUGAUGAACACACUUGCUGGCUUGAACGGUGGAAUGGACAUGAAUUCCAUGGCGAACUUAGCCGCCAUGGCGAAUAUGACCGAUCCGAAUGCUCUUCAGAAUAUGGCCAAUAUCCUCAACAUGCGACAACAAAUCCAACAAGUCCAAAGUAUACAAGCCCUCCAACAACAGUUACAACAGAAUGGGAUGAUCGCUGGUAUGAUGAACGCAGCCCCACUUCUCUCACCGGCCAACAAUGGCAGGUUUGGAAUGAACAUGGGAUUCCCGAUCAACGGCGGUGCAGGAGCCGGUGGCGGUGCAGGAGCCGGUAUGGCUGGGAACAAACGAAGCCCCGGUAUCGGAGCCCGCCCGGCUGCGGCGGCGAACAAACCGAACCACACACCCGGCUCGGGGGCGAAUCCGGAGGAAGAGUUAGACAUGAAGCUACUCGGUGAUGUAUCGGCAUGGUUACGAGGCUUAAGGCUGCACAAAUAUACGCCUAACUUUGAAGGCUGUACGUGGAAGGAGAUGGUGAUGAUGAGCGACUCUGACCUCGAGAAUCGGGGAGUGGCCGCGGUGGGCGCUCGCCGAAAGAUGCUCAGGACCUUCGAGACCGUCCGAUUGAAGACCGGAAUGGCCUUGCCCGGUGAUGGCGAUGGGGCGCGAGACGCCAAUGGCGAUCGAAUCGAAUCGGCUACCGGAAACGUUGACAAGGUAGAGGAUGAAGAUCGUCCGACUUCUCAACACCAACAACCUACCAGCAACGUCUCAGUGACUCCUGAAAGCGAUCAAUAAAAGCUCCGCCGAUCUUUGGUUUCCUCCUUUGAAGUCAAGCCUUGGUCCGAUUACUUCUUUCUCUUCCCUCUUUCUUUGUGUAAUUUAUUGGAUUAUUUAGAUUCUCUCCUCCAUCCCUGUUCCCACUUGAUUUCUACUACUCUUUUCUUCUUGUAUGUAUUUUUUUUUAUGUAUGUGCGAUACGGCUUGAUCUUCUUUGGUCCUAUUACGAUCCUUCCCCCCUCUUUCCUCCAGAUACAUUAUCAAAAUACUUAUACAGAUAAACAUAAACACACACACAUAUAUAUAUUUAGAUACAUACAUACUCUCUUAUAUAUAUAUAGGCUUGACAUACGAUUCUCUUUUGUAUCAUACUGUUCGUUCAAUCUGAAAACAAUGGUGAAUACAUACAUAUUUUGGUA